AUGAAGGUAUCCUUCUAUGACUAUGACCCCUCACUGGCCGCCGCUGCCAUCUUUGCAGCGCUGUAUGGCGUGUGCUUCAUCUGGACUACGUAUCUAUGGCUAAAGCACCGGGCCUGGGUGUGCCUGAUCAUGGUGGUGGCUUCAGCGAUGGAAUCCGUCGGAUAUAUCGCCCGCUGCAUCUCAACCCAAAACCAGCAAAACCAAUCCAUCUACGUACUACAGUUCUCACUCACCGUGCUCGCACCACUGCUAGUGGCUGCCUUUUGCUACAUCCUCUUCGGACGUCUCACCUACCUAGUCAUCCCGCGCGAAUCCCGUACUUGGAAAGUAAUCUGGGUUCCUCCUCGCUUCGUGACGCCGAUUUUUGUGUUUUUCGAUAUUCUGGCCCUGUUCUUGCAGUUGAUUGGUGCUGUCAUGCUCACAUCGACGGAUGCCACAGAUGCAAAUGCGCAGGACAAGAUCAACCGUGGCAAGGACAUUGCUUUGAUCGGGACGAUUGUGCAGCUGGCGGCGUUUGGCCUGUUUACGUUUGUGGCGGUGCGGUUUAAUUUCACGUCGAAGCGGUUUGAGAAAUCGGUGUAUCAGGAGUAUAACAACGACAGUAGAUAUAAUACUGCUGAUGAGCAUACGCUGCAGAUGGAGCGCGAGACGGGGGACACAAACUGGCGGGCGCUGCUGCGUGUUGUUAAUAUUGCUACUAUCUUGGUUCUGGUUCGAACUAUCUACCGCCUGGUCGAAUUCACCGAAGGCAACAAGGGCUACGUCAAUGAGCACGAAUGGUGCAUCUACAUCUUUGAUGCACUGGUGAUUCUCCCAUGCUUUGCGCUGUUUGUGUUGUUUCAUCCGGCCAAGUAUCUGCCCUAUCUUGGGUUCCGGCUACCCAAGCAUGCGCGGUGA